ACUUGCUUACCUGGUCCUUGAGUUGGCUGUUACACAUUCACACAACCUACUGAAACUCUAAACUAUUUCAGCUGAUGCUUUUAAUCUCAACAAACUAUAUUUUUUGAAGAUGUCCAUCACAGUCUAUUACAGUAGUGUGAGUGGCUCCAGAGAGCUGAAGCAACAGCAGACUGAGAUUUUCCAGUUCCUGGAUGCUAAGAAGAUCAAGUACCGUGUGGUGGACAUAACAGAAACCACAGACAAGAAAGAGGAGAUGCGGAAAAAAGUGGGAAACCCCUCAGCGAUGCCUCCGCAAGUCUUUAAUGGAGACAAAUAUUGUGGGGACUAUCAGAAGUUUUUUGAUGCAGUGGAGGAUGGGAAAACAGAGGCAUUCUUCAAAUUCUGAGCUACGGCUGGGCACCUGUGCUAAAUAAAUAUGUUUUUGGGAGGGAAGGUUUUAUAGGUCAAGAAACUACAUAUUUUAAUUAAAUUAAAAUAAAUGAAUGAAGAUUACUGUCAAGUGUAUGUCUGUCAUUAUACUUGACUCUUCCCACUCUAUGAACAGAACGAUACAGUUUGAUCACAACCAGAACAGGAAACUUUAACAGUAGACUACAUGUUCAGGUGUAUCAAAUCAUUUAGAUUUUUGGCUAACACUUUACCCAAACUAUUAGUUAAUGCAUUAUUAGAUAUCAUGAACGAACAGUAAACAAGAU